AUGGAUCGCACCACUUGGACUGAUCAGACUCCGUCAGCAUCGGUCGAAGUCGUUGACCAGGAAGCUGCUGCAACAGACGUCCCAAUUUUAAUGGGCAUGGAUCUAGAUGUUUUCAACGCUGCAAAAGAAGGCAAAAUUGAUGUCCUCAGGGGACACGAUCCGCAGCAUCUUAACCAAAUAUUGACUCCAACCGGUAACACAGUCCUCCAUGUUUAUAUAGCUUAUGCAAGCACCCCAAAGCUCGUCAAAUCUAAAGAAGAAGCGCCGAUCAAGCCAACCAGCUUUGUGGAGGAUAUCCUUCAGAUUUGUCCGACACUGCUAUGGCAGCAGAACGAGAGCGGUGAGACUGCCUUGCACAUGGCGGCCAAACAUGGACUUGCUGAAAUAGUUGAACUUCUCAUCCAAACUGCAAAAGCUCGUUGUUGUGAAGACCUCGAGCAUGGGGCUGCCGCCUUCGCCUUAUCAUCAUCAUCAGAAGAAGAAGCAGCCUGCUGGAAGAUUUUCAUAAGGACACCUAGUAAGGAGAAGGACACAGCCUUGCACGAGACAGUGCGGUUUAAGCACCUUGGUGUGGUGGAGAUAUUGAUCAGCGAAGACCCUGACUUUUCCUACCCUCCUAAUGUUGCUGGGGAGACUCCACUUUAUUUGGCUGCCGAGAGGAGCUUUGUUCUCCGAAAUACUUCGCACUUGCAAGCAUCCAAAUCACCAAGGCCCCAUUGGUAG